AUGGUAAAGCCUUGUUUCAUCUAUUCUAGUUUCGGCAUUCUCAUUGUCGCUAAUACCGAAAGUAUCUCAGAGUCGAAAAAAAUUUCAGUGACAUGUCGACGUGAUGAUGUACUAGUUGGUGUUAUCAGUGUAAUACAAGACUCCGGUCUUGUUGUCUCUAUUCUGGCAUAUGAUCAAGGACCUCGGCGUGAUUUUGAAGGUCUAAAAAUUACGGGCUUUUGUCCAUUGCGACAGCUUCCGCGAUAUAAUGCUCACGGCAACGCUUUGGAUGCUUUUCAAAUCGGUGAUAAAGUUCGUGCAUUUAUUCUCGACAUUCAUGGAGGUGGACGUCUAAUAUUAAGCAUGAAUGCAAAAAUGCUUAAUCGUGAUAUCUAUGGAGAUUUGAAGCUGGGUAUCAUAACUGAUGAUGAUAUGCCUCUGUAUUACAAAAAACUUCAAAAUUUGGACGGAAAAUCGUAUGAAGCCUAUCUUGAAUCAACACCGCAAUUUCGUAAUCCAGAUGGACUACAAGUUCUGUGCGCUCGUAUGGGAAUACCACGUUCAUCAGCUUGUAGUCUACUAUUUUGUAUUAAUAAAAUCCGAUUACCAAAAUCCGAAAUGGCUUGUGAAUUGAGACGUACUCAGUUGUUGAAUUUCUCAAUGAAACAUGUCGCUCAAGGUGUGAAAUAUUUCAAAGAAAGUCGAAAUACUGAAGCAUUACAAUGUUACAAUUUUGCAAUUGAAGUUGAACCAACUAAUCCAGAUGCCUAUGUUGCCCGUGGUGCUCUUUAUGCCUCAAUCGGUACGUACACAAAAGCAGUAGAAGAUUUAGAGAAAAGUCUUGAAAUUCAACCGAAUCAUGUGAAUGCUAAGAAUUAUCUGGUCCAGACACUAGUUGCCUAUGCUGGCGAAAUUGGGCGUAAGGAAAUAAGCAAGGCAGAACAGUUGUUGAAUCGUGCAAUCAAAUUGGAUCCUGACAAUAAUGAAGCUCGAGAUGCACUGAAAGAACUCCAAACUAAUGGAUCUCUUUCUAAUAACAAAGAUGCUGGUUUGCGAUCCUGGUCACGAACGCCCUCUCCACGUGGUUCAAGUCGAAAUAUAGGCGGUAACAGACGUGAUCACACUCCUCUUUCUCCAACUGCCGUUCGUCCAAGUGCAGGUUAUGCCUCUCAUAUGGAACGUAGCAGAGCUGCUCUAGAACAGCUCGUUGAAGAAGAUCGUAGUCGACGUGCUGCUAAAGAAGCUAAUCGUCAAAACCACGCACCGGACCAUAGUCCUCCAGGAUUUUUGUCUCCCAAUCGCACCCAUGAACGACGAAGAGGAGAUUAUUAUCGUGAUGAUGUAAGCAUUAUUUAUUAGGAUUUUGUCUUUUCCAUGUUGAUAUUCAGUUGGGAAAUCGAUGUUGUUGAUUAACAGUGAUUGUACUGUCUCUGGGGAAUUCACACCGUACACACACUAACUAGGUGAACUAAUCUUUCUUGUUUAUCACAAGUAAUGAUACUGUCCAUUGCUGCCUGUAAAAUCGUAGUGCAUUUUAAGUGUGAAUACUAAGUACUGUUUCCUUGUGUUUCUAUUUUCUCGUUUCACAAACAGUGAACAUAUAUAUAUAUAUAUAUAUAUAU